GCGCCGCCUCGCGGCCCCGCUUCCGCCCCGCGGGAAGAACUGCAAGUCCCGGGGUGCCUGCGGCCCGCUUGCGUCACUUCUGUCUUGUUGGAAGCUUGCGGGAGCCCUGUCGGAGAGGCGGGUGUGGCUGCGGGAGCGCCGGCCGGCUAGCCCGGGGGUGCGCAGAUGGAGCUAGCGUUGGACCCGGGCCACCAGGACCUGCUGGACUUCCUUUUAGAGGACAGCGGAGGCCUGGGAGCCGGGGCCGACCAGCCGGUGGUGGACGCGCCCCUGGACUGGGAGCUGAGUCUUUCGGAUGUGGAGAGCGAUUGGGAGGUGGAGGAUUUCCUGAGCUCUUUGCUGAGUCCAGCGCCCUCGGACGUGCUCAGUGACCCGAUCCCCUGCUCCGUGGGCCAUGACCACACCUACUCCCUCCCGCGGGAACAUGUCUCGAUAGAUCUAGAUUUUGGAAGCGAUGGGCAAGAGGGGGCCUGGAUGACACCACUGCAUGUGGAGUCUGCAGAGGAGCUUCCCACCUCCCCGGAAUCUCCCGAGAUGACUAGACUGAUACUGACAGAGGAGGAGAAGCGGCUGUUGGAGAAGGAGGGGCUUACUCUGCCUGGGACGCUUCCCCUCACCAAGAUGGAGGAACACAUCCUGAAGCGAGUGCGGAGGAAGAUUAGAAACAAAAAGUCUGCUCAAGAGAGCCGCAGGAAGAGGAAGGUGUAUGUGGGUGGUUUGGAGAGCAGGGUGUUGAAAUACACAGCCCAGAACCUGGAACUUCAGAACAAAGUGCAGCUCCUGGAGGAGCAGAAUCUGUCCCUCCUGGAUCAGCUGAGGAGACUCCAGGCCAUGGUAAUUCAGGUGGCAAACAAGUCGAGCAGCAGCAGCACCUGUGUCAUGGUCCUGCUGUUCUCUUUCUGUCUCCUCUUCGUACCUGCUAUGUACUCUUCUGACACGAGGGGGCGCCUGCCCGCCGAGUCCAGAGUUUUGUCCCGCAGGCUCCGUGCCCUGCCUAGUGAGGACGCUCGCCCGCUGGCGGCACUGCCUGGCCUACAGUCAGAGGCACCAAAGGACAGUUCGGACCCUGUAAUCCCCAUGGCUGGAAACUCUUGCUGCCUCGUCUACCACUCGCUCCAGGCUCCUGGUGGAGAACUUGCCCCGAAGUUGCCACUCCUGGACCCUGUCUCCAAGUCCCCCUGCCUGGGUUGCAUCCUACCCUUGCAUGCAAAUCUCACAGAAGAGGGGAUGAUGGCUCCCUCCCCCCAGCCCCACACCUGCCAUCUUGCAGAACAAAUUGUCAGGCUGGACAUGCGCGUGGAGGGCACCCCAGCAAAAGCCUGGCGCCCCCAGUCUCUGUCCAGAUGAAAAGGGAAGGACGUGGGCUAGCCUCAGUUCCUGGCCUGUCAGAAACCUGGGGGCACAAACACACUACACUUGCUUUCUGGGUCUUUUAUUUGUAUCUGUGUCUGUCUCUCACCCCGUGCAUGGGCCUGGGGAAAUCAACUGACCUCCUUGAACAUUUCAUGCG